ACUGUAAGUACUUAGGUAAUUACACUGUAAGUACCCAGUAAAAAAAUCCACUGUAAAAAUACACUGUAAAUCCACUGUAAGUACCUAGUAAAACUGCAGUGUAAAACCCUUUAACAGUAUUCACACAUACUAUCUCCUGCCCCUCUCCCAAUGCAUAGAAACACAGAAGUAUAGAACACAUUGAAGCAUGCAGACAUUACAAAAAUAUUUUCAUCUAUUACUAUAUGCUUUGUUGCUCAUGAUUAUGUCAAACUGACAUUCUACUUUCCAAAAUGUGACAGGAGAGGAGCAUGAUGAGGGCAGUAAUUGAAGAGGAUCUAAUGAGAUUGUCACAGGAAGAACUCGUACUAAAUGUGAGAUACAAUUGCUAAAACUUUGAAAAUAUGUUUAAAAUACAUAAAAGGGUAAAACGUUAACACAAUUAUGAUGCAGGAAACAUUUUCUUUCACUGCGCUCCUUCAUUCCGACAUUAUAUACAAUGUAAGAAUCAAAAAUCAAAAAAUACCGAGUACAUAUCAGGUGAUGUGUAAAAAAGCUUGUGAUGAACCUUGUAUGUACAUUCAGGGGAUGGAUCUACGAACAUUGCCGAAACUAUCUACGAAAACUCCAGGAGCAAAUCAAAUGACAGUUUCAUCACAACAAGAGAUGACAAUACACUGGAAGCAGACUUGCAUCACGAAAUGCCAGCGAGCGAAGAUGGGGGAGGAGAAUCCGAUCCCUGGGACACAAAUCUGUUCUACAACAUGAAUCUGCAACAGGAGCCUCAAGAUGUUGAUCCCAGCAGAGCAGCGGCUAACACGAACUCAAGCACAGGCAUGAAUGAAGAAGGAGAAAGAAAAGAACCAGGACACUCACUUGAACAAGAAGGAGACGAUGAAUUCCUCGAUGAAGAAGACAUUGAAAGAUUCCUGCAAAAUGAACAAGAAGCUGCAUCAGAGGGCAAUCUGAUGAACACUAGCAGUAAUUUCAAGCCGUAUUUAGGCAUGCAGUUCGAAACAAAGGAAGAAGCUCAGGAAUAUUUCAAUUUCUACUCGAAACUGGCAGGAUUUUCAGUUGCUACAGUAGCAAUCUCAAGAACAGCAAGCAAGAAAAGAAACAAUGAGGUGACAAGGAUCACUAUGAAGUGCAACAAGUGGGGCAAGACAAAAGAAAUAGAGAAGGAAUGCAUAGUGCCCAUGAGAAGAUCUACAGUCAUUGCUAAAAUAGAUUGUAAAGUUGUGAUGGUCAUAUCUGAGAAAGGAGGCAUAUGGGAAAUCACAAGACAACACCUAGAACACAACCAUGAGUUAACACCAAACAGUAGAUUCUUUAGGUCACAUAGGUACAUGUCGGAUGAAGAGAAGUGCUUGAUAAGAGUUUUGAAGCAUACAAACCUGGAAACAAGAAGGAUUGUUGCUGUCCUGGCUUACAUAAGAGGAGGAAUGGCUCAUCUACCAUACACAAAGAAACAUGUCACUAACUAUGCAGCAACAAUAAACAGAGACAUCGCAAACUCUGACAUGAUGGAAGUAGUGCAAAUGUUCAACAAGAAGCAAACAGAAAAUCCUGGCUUUUGGUACUCUUUGAGCUUGAUGGAGAGAAUAAAGUGA